AUGGAUGUACUCAGUUUGGCCUGCAAGAAUUCCUUCAUCAGUAUUGCCCUACUCGCGCUGGUCGCAUGUACCCACGCGGAUGUGUCACAUUUGUCACACACCUACUUACCGCCAUCGACGGCCUCCGCAUCCCGUACCGUUACUUUCAAUCCAGCCACAGGCUAUUCUAGUGGUGGUGGUGUAGGUGUUAGCAGUGGCGGCAGCAGUCUUGGCGGUCAUCGUUACACUGCGUCCGCAGUUUCGCACAGUGCACCCUCCACACAAGUGUACAGCACAUCGAAGAGCUCCGGCGGUUAUUCUGUGCCUCCUGCACCACCUCGUAAAUACCUAGCCCCCGGUCAAGUGCCGCCUCCAGUGCAACACAGUGCUACUAGUUAUAGCGCACCUGCCGUGCACUCGUCUUCUUAUCGCGCCCCGGCUGCCACAUACAUUCCUCCAGCAGUUCAAAAGCCAGCCGUUGUUCAACAUCAUGUUCAGCAAUAUCGCGCACCAGUUGUAUCACAAAGUGUCUCGUCGGCCACCCAAUAUCGUGCGCCAGCUCCUGUCCAUACUCCUGUCCAUACGGUGAGUCAUGGCACAUCGUCUGGUUCUUAUAGAGCUCCUUACUCGUACAACGCACCGGCAUCAUCUCAUCGUGCGCCAGCGGCUCAAUAUCAAUCGUCUGCCGCAACAUACAGAGCUCCAGCCGUUCAGCAUCAAGCAGCCACCGUAACGUACAGAGCUCCAGUUGCUCAAUAUCAGGCUCCUGCUACUCUAUACCAAGCCCCUGCGACUACGUAUGGAGCCCCCGCGUCACAAUAUCAAGCUCAAACGACUAAGUAUCAUGCACCCGCCUCUACUUAUAAAGCACCUGUAACCUCUAGUUAUCAAGCUCCGGCUUCUUCCUACACCGCAUCCACCACAUACCAUGCUCCGGCUAUUUCUACAAGCAGCAUUUCAAGCGGUUCGUACCAAACAUCAGUUGGUCAUUACAGCAGCCCUGCGGUCUCGUACAAUGCUCCAGUUAAAUCCAUUUCGACAUCGUCAUCCAGUCUUGGUACCCAAUAUGCGGCUAACGGUGGCUAUAUUUAUUAA